CGGCGGCGGCGGCGGCGGCCGCUGUCAGAGCUGGAGAGCGGCCGGCGGAGCAGUCAUGGAGGGUCAGCGCUGGCUGCCGCUGGAGGCCAACCCCGAGGUCACCAACCAGAAUUGAAUAUUAAGACUGACCUAGAACAGUUCAUUUGGAAGAAAUGAAGAAGAGAAAGGGAGAUAUUCUCAACUAUGCCUGUGAGCUUUACUAAAUCCUGACAUGUUUCUCAAACAGUUAGGCUUGCACCCUAACUGGCAGUUUGUUGAUGUGUACGGAAUGGAGCCGGAACUUCUGAGCAUGGUACCACGACCGGUGUGCGCAGUGUUACUCCUUUUCCCUAUUACAGAAAAGUAUGAGGUGUUCAGGACAGAAGAGGAAGAAAAAAUAAAAUCUCAAGGACAAGAUGUUACGUCAUCAGUAUAUUUCAUUAAGCAGACCAUCAGCAAUGCCUGUGGGACAAUUGGACUAAUUCACGCCAUUGCGAACAACAAAGACAAGAUGCACUUUGAAUCUGGGUCAACAUUGAAAAAGUUCCUGGAGGAGUCCGUGUCAAUGAGCCCUGAAGAAAGAGCCAAGUACCUGGAGAACUAUGACGCUAUUCGAGUUACUCACGAGACCAGCGCACAUGAAGGUCAGACUGAGUCCUCGCCAUCCUCAUCACAGCCUCAUUCUAGCCACUGCAGAACGAAGGCCUCAUCAUUGUGUCACCAUGCAUCCCUGCCCUGGGUCAAACGUAACCAUGUAGGCCCUGCAAAGGCGGUUACCAGUCCAUCUCUCCGUCUUCGUCGCUGGCGACCCUUCUUACGCCUGCCAUCUUUGGGUCUCCAUUCUGUUGCACCAAGUAUAGAUGAAAAAAUAGAUCUUCAUUUUAUUGCGUUAGUUCAUGUAGAUGGGCAUCUCUAUGAAUUAGAUGGACGGAAACCAUUUCCAAUUAACCAUGGGAAAACUAGUGAUGAGACGUUGUUAGAGGAUGCCAUAGAAGUUUGCAAGAAGUUCAUGGAGCGUGACCCUGAUGAGUUAAGAUUCAAUGCAAUUGCUCUCUCGGCAGCAUAGCGUCUGAGACAGAAACACCAAAUACUGUAUUUGCGAGAAAAAAUUUCUGCUGCCAUAACUCAAAAUUUUUGAUAUUUUCAUUAACUUGACUGUUAAACUUUAUGUGAAUAAACUUUGGCAUUAUC